GUAGUGGCGAUAGUGGAGCAGUAUCAAACGAUAUUUAAAACUCCAAAGCAGGAGAAGGAAGUGAAAGAGACAGUCAGAGCAGUUAUGAAGGCAGCGCUCACAAUGGCGGCUCCACUUCUGCCUUUCCCUCUUCCACUCACACAGAAUCGAAGAACAGUUGCAAGAACUUGAUUUUUAGUGUUUCUUCUCCGUAACGGUUACGCUAGAAGAAGAAUCUCAUGACUGCGACUUCAUCAAUAAAAAGAACAGACAGUAGUGAUUUUAAGGCGAGCGCAGGAGAUGUAACAUCAAACUGAGUCUUGUGAGCAGAGGUGUAUCGGCUUCCAUUGCUGGUCAUAUGAGGUUGCCGUGAUUCAGGCAGAGGACAGAAUUUGGGAGAAAAAAGGGGACGAGGUUUUCUUUCUGGUUCUCCCUGCAUAUAUAGGCGUUUUCUUCUAGCGAUUGCACUGAGCUCUGUCAGUGUCUGCGUAGUCAUCUUUUAAUUUACCUGCUCCCGAUGUCCGAUCUCGUUUCAUUUCCAACAAGUGGAAUGGCAGAAAUUGCCAUUGCCCAUUCCAUGAAAGAGAAGUCACCUAUGCCGAUGUAUAGCGAAGAGGGAGAGACGUCGGCGUCUGCUGACAUUUUGUCACUGCAUGUUGAUUAUGAAGAUGAAGGUAUGAAAGAGAAGUCACCUAUGCCGAUGUAUAGCGAAGAGGGAGAGACGUCGGCGUCUGCUGACAUUUUGUCACUGCAUGUUGAUUAUGAAGAUGAAGGUAUGAAAGAUAAGUCACCUAUGCCGAUGUAUAGCGAAGAGGGAGAGACGUCGGCGUCUGCUGACAUUUUGUCACUGCAUGUUGAUUAUGAAGAUGAAGGUGUGAAUGCAAGCGCAGUUAUGGAACCGCUGUCUCCUAAUCUGUUUCGGGUUAUGCGCAUUGUCCCAGACAAGCAAGAUUACAGCUUUGUUGAAAAGGUGCAGCUUCCACAAGAUGAAGUUCUAAGCCUCUGUAAUAAGCUUGUGCCCUCCUCUGCCUCUGCCUACCUAGGUGAGCCUCCCCGGGUUCGUAUCAAUUUCAAUUCACUAAAUCAACUAUGCUUACCUGCGGUUGGGUUCUAUGGGGACAAGACCAUGAUGAUAAGCAUUUUCCGCAAGGAAAGUCUGGUAGAUGACUCUGUUCUUGCAGAAAUGGAAGGAAGACUGUUGGAGCCUGGAUUAUAUGUCAGUCUUCCUGAAGAAGGAUGUACCGUCGUGGUUUUUUACUGGCAUGAAGGUGAACAUUUUAAGCAGGCCUCUAGAAAAGAUGUGUCUUGCAAUUUCAUUAGGUACCUAGUUGAACUUUGUGAUAGUGUAUAUGUCUGUGUGGAGGGGAGCUAUCCUUUUGAAGCUCUGGCUGCCUCUGCAACAAGUGCUAGUUCAAAAGCUAAGCGCACCAGAAGGAUUCAAGUCUCCAGUGUCAAGAACUCCGAGAAUGAUGUGGAGCUCAUGACUGGUUAUAAGCUAAAAAUUGAUGGGGAAGCAAAUAGUAAGAGAUCUUCGUCAGGAGCAACUGCAAAUGUUGCAGCUGUGAACAAUUAUCAUGGAACAGUGGUUUUCUGUGAAGGGUAUCAGCACUGUUGUAUCCUAACAACAGAGAAAAGAAGUCCACGGACUUCUAGGAAAACAGAGGAGCUAUCUAUGAAAGCUUCUGAGUUUGGGAAUAAGCUCAAAACCUGGUCUUCGGCGUCCAAUGUUGAUUACUCUAGACUGAGUAAUGAGCAAUUCAUAAGUUUACUUGAAAUUUGUCAGCCGCAGGAGUUUGAAAAGCACUCAAAGUUGAAGGAAUCUUUGAAGAUGAGAGAGUCAGCCAGGAGCUCUGCACAAGUAGAGAAGUUUGAAAGAUGUUUUCUCCAAGUUCUUCCGGAAUUCUGCUAUCACGUUCUCCUUUUCGUGGGCGGCCAAACCAGCACAGCAAAAGAUAGAGAUGGGCGCAGAAAUUUAAAGAAAACGGAAGUGUUAGAUUCAUGCUUUGACAUGGAGGUCGACGGCAACAGAUUUGAGGAACUGCAUCGAGAACUUUCAUUGAUUUUAGCAGGGGAGAACAGUGUUUGCAAUGGAGAUCAGAGGGUGUUGUUGCUCGGAUCAGAUAUCAAAUUCGUAUGUAGUGACUGGGAGCAUACGAUUACCGUUGAAGGCCCGGGUCAAGGAAAGCAGACAACGCCUUUUAUCUGUUAUGGACAAGAAGUUGAUGCCAAGUGCUCGCCUCUGUGCCCCUGCUCCAAAAAGAUCAAUGGAAAGGCGAAGUUCCUGCAGCAUACGAAUGAAUUUAAAGACUUCCCAUUCUCAGGUGAUGUAGUUAAACUUGUUCUAUUUACUCCUGCCAAAUCGGGUAAUAAUGACAAGAAGGAAAUGGAAGGGACUGUUUAUCUUGUUACUAAGACUGCCUCUGUUUCUGCAAUUCGUAGUUGCGUAGAAAACAUUGUUCCUAUUGGAUUGAGGUGCCUGGAAAGAAAUAUAGUUUUCGCUGCCUUCUUGUUGGCCUCUGACGAGCAUCUUGCUUUAAGAUUUAUGAAAGAGGGUUUGACAACCCAAAACACGCGCAGUCUGCCACGCAAUAUUCAAUCUGAAUUUGAAAAAUUCUCUAAAGCCCAGCCUGCUCCGCCCACAGUUGAUCAAGAGGCCCUCUUAUCUCACGACACUCUCAAAACCAUCUGCUGUGAAGUGUAUAAGGACCAGGAACGGAAGUUAAUGGAAAACAUAAAGGGUUUGUCGGCUCUUGUGUUUAAGAAGAAGAAGGUGACUUUGGGGAAGGUGGAGCAGAAGCGUUUCAGAGAAGCCGAGGAUGAGUUUGUGCAGGAAUUGAAGAAGAAGAUGUCCACGGUGAAGAAUGACAGCUUAGUGACCAGAUAUAUUGAAGAAUUUACCACUAAGCGUUCGUCUUAUUCAUAUUCAUGGCUAUGGAACAAGUAUACCGAGCAAAUGGAGCUGAAGAUGAAGGUUUCAAUCGUGGAGGAACAUCCGUUUGUCAUUGUUUAUAAAGCAUGUGAACUGACUCCAAUGAGAAAAGACAUGUCUGAGUUCAACAGCAACUGCGGGCGUCCAAUUGUUCCAACAUGUGGAGAAUCAGUGGAGUUCGCAGUCAUUAAUCCUAAGCAUGAAAGAUUAUUUAAGGUUGUCAUCCUCAAGUCUGGAGAGCUAAUGGUUUUUAUUCACAAUUUUAUAGAUUCCUCCUUGUAUCUGUACCGUUGUCCCAAGAUUGGGUUCAAUAUGAAUAACAUGGGUCGUCCUAUUUAUUCAUUUAGGAGGGGAUUCGAUUUAUUGGCUGUAGAUGAAGCUACCAGAUCUAUGGCUCUUUAUGAAAAAGAGAGAUCAAAGAUUGUAAUAUAUAAGUUUGAUGAGUCAUUUAGGAAGGUCUACUGGACUGGAGUUGAGGUUAACAUGGAAUCAUAUAAGGGGAGCAAGAACAUUACAUGGAUGCAUUUAAUUCCAGGAAAAAUGGAGCUUUUGUUGGUUGAUGACACCAACAGGGCAAGGGUGGCUGAAAUCCACGAGAGGCCUAUGAUGAAGGCAAAGCAUAUUUCUCUUCCUUCGCAGCAGCACCCUUUGAAUUUGAGAGCAUGCGUUUCUGUUGAUGGCUAUUUCUUCCUCGUCUUCACGCAAUUGCAACAUCAGGGUGAAGAUAUUGAUGUUGAGGGUAAAGGGCAUGCAAGUCCUGAAAAAGUGCUUGAUAUUUAUGUUUUGGGUGAUACAAUGAGCUACUUAAAGACAAUCCCUUUGAAUGCAAGAGAAUGCAGAAUAUCUGAUUUGGAACAACUUGUGGCGAAAAUUACAAUCUUCGGAUCUCAAAGCCAGCUUUUACUAUAUAGCCCUGUAGAUGCUCCUGGUUUCAUCCUUUCUUAUGUCCUCAAAACUGCUCUAGCUAGAGAAGUUGUUCAGUUGCAGCAAGUGGAUCAGGUUAAAGCUCCUGAAGGUGAAACGGAAAUUGCUGGGUCUUGCCCUGUUUUGGGUUACAUUUAUCACAUUUUUGACAAGUUUGCUAUAACACCUAAGUUGUUUCAAGAUGCUAAGAAGUGCAUUACAUUCGAAGUGAUAAUGGAAAGGAGCAGAUCAGAUCGUAGCAAUAGUGAGGCAUGUCUCACAUAUUUAGAAGCUCUUAUCAGACAACUCAAGGCUGGAAAAGACAAAGAUUUUUCAAGUAUGAAGAUCCAAUUUAAAGUCAACAAUGUAGAGAAUUGCACAAUUUCAGCUGCAGCAGAGCAGCAGACACAGGUGAAAAUGGGAAUGUGGGUUCGGAAGCUUGUUUCCCUUGUUCCCAUCCAAAUAGCUCGUGCAGAAAACAACGCUAUGGUAGCGCUUAAGGAUGGACUUCAGAUACCCCCUGAUGUUAGUUACGUGGACAGCGUAUCACUUGCUUACUCUAUACGCUUUGGGUUCUAUGAUGCGGUCCUUAACAGUUGGAAGGGCAAGAUUAAGGUCAUUUCUUCCAUGGGAAAACAGAGUAGCGGAAAGUCAUAUUUGCUAAAUCAUCUAUCAGGGUCUCUUCUUGAUGUUGCAGGUGGCAGGUGCACAGAUGGUGUGUGGAUGACCAUUGCAACGGGUGUAGAUGGAGAUGGGAGCGAGGGAAGCAGCUGCUUGUAUGUGCUCUUAGACUUCGAAGGGCUCGGCAGUUUUGAGAGAAGCGAACAAGAGGAUAUGCUUCUCUCUGUUCUUAAUGCUGCUGUGAGCAACAUAACAAUAUUCAACAAAAAGGAUUUUCACUUAGAUAAGGACACAGAAUCAGCUUUCAGCCGGUUCCAGAGUGGGAUCAAUCUACUUAAGCAGGACAAAAAGUUAUUUAAAGGUCUAUUUUACAUUGCCAUCAAGGAUGUGGACACAUCCGAUGUAGAAGAUCUUAUGCAAGAAUUUCAUCAGAAGAUUUCCCAAAUAUGCAGCAAAUCACAAGAGAAUUUCAUUUUGAAAAUGUACGACGGAAAGGUCGAGAUUGCUGCUAUGGCUCCUUAUAAUAGAUCUGAGUAUUAUAGAGAGAGCCUGAGUGAGCUAGCAGAAACAGUGGCAGAAAGAAUCGAUUCUUGCUAUGACAAUGGAUUCAGCUUUUUAAGGGAUCUGAAGCUUAUUAUAGCUCAAAUUGCAGCAAAAGACUGGACUUCUAUUGACAGCAAGCGAGUUGCUGUGACAGUUGAUAUUCUGAGGAGAAAUCUUAUGUCGGCGGUCCGCAUGGGAUGCCUCAUUGUGACAAAUACAAAUGAAGAAUUGAGGGUUUUGGAUAACUUCGACACACAGGAAGAAGUUCUUGAUUUUCCUGUUGUUGUCGGUGAUUCUUCAUGGAAUAUAAGAGAUACAGGAUUGUAUCUCUCACCGUGUACAGAAUCAGAAACUCCAGUUACUAUAAGAGACGUCUUUUCUCAAAUCAGGUCGAAACUGGAGAUGUUUUUACCCAGGAAUGGUAGCAACGGCGAGGAGUGGCAUUCUUCAUUUGAGAGCUUCCUGGAGGCGCUGGCAGAAAGAAGGCAUGCCAGGGUUCAACAGUGGAUAAGUUCAAACACCUCAGAUUUCUCUGAUAAUGAUGAUGUGCAAAGAUUGCAGCUAGAGGCUGAUGUAGCUCUUGGCAAAGUAAAGCAAGGCUUAAUAGUUUGCGGAUGCAAAUGUUCAGUUUGCUUCUGGAGGUGUGUAAUGGAGAAAGGCCAUGGUGAUCAACAUUCUUGCAUGGGAAGUCAUUCGUGUACAGAAAAUUGCAGUUAUUGUGCUCGAGAAGGAGACAGCUCAAGCUUAUGCGGGGAUUUAGCAGGGCAUGAAGGAAAUCACAAUUGCAAAAAGCAAAAUCAUACAUGUGGCGAGAGCUGUUACUUAUAUGAGAUGUCUUCAAAUUGUAAUGAGCGAUGUUCUCUGGCGCCAGGGCACCCUGGCCAGCAUAAGUGUAAUUCUCCUCAACACAUGUGCAGCGCAAAAUGUUCUCUUCCAAGCUGCAAUAAUCCCUGUGCUGUAGCGAUUGAAUCAACCCAUGAAACGCAUCAGUGCCAUGAGAGAUAUUGUCAGAGCAAAUGUACCAUAGAUGGGUGCAGCAGAACAUGUGGGGUUAAAGAUCAUUUCCAUGACUUGGAUCAAAAUGCGGAGCAUUUGUGUGGAAAUGAGCAUGCCUGCACCCAUGAAUGCGAGAUGCCAGGUAUAUGUGAAAUUUUCACCGAGCUUGUCAAACAAACCAGGGUUUUCCAGGGCCAAAGAGGAUCUUUUGAGUAUGAACUUGUGUCGGAGCAAAAUGGCCUUCGCAAAUGCUGUUGCAUUCCUAUUCCUCCCUACGAAAGAAAUCAUCAAGGUCCUCAUGUUCACACAAAAAAAGAAGAUUCUGUGCACUAUUGCGAUACCAGAUGCCAAUCUUGUGGUUACUUCUGCCAGCUCCCAAUUGAUCACGCAGGCUUGCACGAUACAGUGCAUGGCAAUAUGAGAAAUGUAAGUUUCAUUUCAGAGGGAGAAGAUAUUGAUAUUCAAGACCGCAAGUAUAAAUGGGGAGAGUUAGGGGAAGCAGAAAUGUGUAACAUGUAUUGUAAGAAACAGGGUCGAGGGCAUAUCCAUUUGGUUUUUUGUCCGGGCUCCAGCAAAUGCACCGGCAACCUCUAUGAUGGUUCGAGGCACGAAACAGUUAAAUAUGGACCUGAUGUAGAUGUUCCCAAAGAUGAGAUGACUCAUGAGACCUACUGGCAAUAUGUUAGGUUUGUUGAUCCUUGCACCGAAGAAGAGAGGGAAGAUUUUGACCGAUGCAAUCACUAUUGUAAAUCUGAGGAGCAUGAAUCAGAGUCGGGUACUUUUGAAAAAUCAUAUUGCACUGAAAAACUCUGGCAUCCAGCUAUCAAGAGCACUGGACAGAAUGUAAGCUCUGGAGGGUAUAUAACUGAUGAUGGCCAUCAUUUUGGGUGUGAUCAUUCUACAAAUGUCCCUCACCAUGUCAUAUUUACCAUUGACAGAUCAGGUUCCAUGGGUUCCCCUGACAUAAGUCCCACUCUGGCAAAGUUUACUAAUUAUCAUAAUUGUAGACUUGGAUGUGUAUACGAGGCUAUUCUGAGAUUUAUACAAGCCCGCCUCAGAACAAUUUCUGAUGAUUCUGUAUCUGUGGUACUAUUUGAUGAUAUUGCCGAUGUAGCUCUGGAGAUGGAGGACAUGGGAGAAGCUGUUGUUGAUCGCCUUCUUCAGUUUGAAGAUCGUGGAGGAACUAUCUACUCAGCAGGGUUAGAUGCUGCAGAGAAAAUAUUAAUGAAAGGAGCUAGACACCAUGCUGUGAAUGUGAAAAAACCCGUGGUCAUCUUUCUGAGCGAUGGUGGAAACAAUGGUGGAGGGGAUCCCCUGUAUUAUGUGGACAGAAUGAAGAGAUCAGAUCCUAGAUUGACACUUCAUACAAUAAUGUUUGGAACGGAUCCGACAAUGAACAUCCUGAUUGAAAUGGCAAAGAAAGGAGGUGGAACCUUCGAGCAAACAUUAGAUGAGAUUCAACUGGCCCGUAGCUUUGAGAAUCUGGCCGAAAGUCUCAAACCCCAAGUUGCAGCACUGAUGUAAGAGGCAUCCCCUGCCUUCUUUGCUUCCUUUUAAAUUUGUUUGUCUGGUGUUUUGUGUAAUCGUCUGUUUAGUUUUGGAGUCUGAUAUUUGGUAGCCCCACUAUUUGUUUAUUUAAAAAGUGGCUACUUAUGUAGUUGUCUUUGUUGAUAUAAUUAAUCACUAUAUAAUGUUUAGAGGGCAGUUUAUA